UUCUGCUAGGUAUUAGUUGUAUGAGCGGGGGACCGCCACACAACUUCAUGAUUGUAAAUAUAACCUUAAUAUUUAACAAAAUAAAGAGGUACGAACUUAGGAAUAGAUAUUCCUAUUCGCGCAAAGAAGAUAAAUACAUCAACGGCAAUAAAGAAGACAAUUACUAAUAAUUUGUUUGUAUUUCAAAUAAACAGGAGCAUAAGAGGAGCAUAAGUCAGCUUUGAGAGCUAAGCCCGUUUGAAGACGACCAAAACAAUUCGAUGAGCCAUUCGAUGAGCAAUCUCUUCAUCGAAGAGUAUGAGUCUGCACUUAACGAAGGAGUCUACACAUCAAAUUUUGCAGGAAAAAAACGUUCUUUAAUCAUAGAAACUACAAAUCACAAUUCAGAAAGCUGAUAAAGAGAAUAUAAAUAGCGGAAAUGAUUUAAAACCCAAAAAACUGCGGCCAUUUUACCAAUUAAUAUGCUGUGUGUUGGUGAUUAAAUAAUAAAUUUAAUUUAUAAUUGUUGCUCCGAAUAGUGAGCGAACUCGACAUGUAUUACUAAUCGAUAUAUUUGCGAGCGAGAUAACAAAUGAGAGACCACGAUGUAUCGUUUGCUUAUUAGGUAGAAUAAUAUUUGAUACUGAAUAAAUAGACAAGCGUGCGAAAAGACAAGGAAUCGAGAUCAAGCAAGCAAACUGAGCAAAUUAUAGUAAUACGCAAAAUAAAGAAUUUAAUUGGAGAAACGAUUCGAUUAUCUAUUACAAGCCCGUACACCACGUGUAAGUUAAGAAACACUAGAUUUUCAUUGUUUAACUAUGUCAGAUGAUGGUGAAAAGUUUCACGCUAAAUAUCUCACGCUUUCACCGGAAUUAAAAUUACGUGAUCAUAAAAUGAUGAAAUCCACAUGAGACUUGUCACUUCUUACUGAUUCGUUCUAGGAAAACUUACAUGAUCGAUGUCCUGGUUUGCACUAAUUCAGUUCAGUUCAGUUCUAGUGCAGCUCUAGUGCGGAAAUAAAAAACAAACCUCUAACCGAUGUGUCGUGCAAGGAACUCAUAAUUUGCGCGGAGUCGCGAGGCAAAUGAUGCAAUAAAAUGAGGUGUUUUGAUUGGUCAAUUCGUGACGCGAUGGAUGACGCGCUCAGUAGGAAUUCACCCUAAGUGACUGUGUCCAAUUGCAAUGUGGUCUCCUGGGACGGAUGUAUCCCAGAGUUUUCCAUCUUGCGAAAAUUUUUAAAUUAACAAUCAUGCCUGUAUCUUUCCGUUUCGUUCCACGAUACGUUUUGUUAUUCAACAAUAAUUUGUGAAGAACUUUCUUUACUAGAUGUUGGCCGUAUUAUCCUUGAACAUCUUAGAACAGGUAUCACCAAAUUGAAAAAAGAAAAGAAUCUGUGGCGUUCAUAUUCACCUCGAGAAAUAAUUUUAUUUGCGGGAACAUGGAUUCGGAUGGUUGUUCGUUAACCUGCACUGCUGCCAUGGAGUGGUUAAACGCUCAAGGAUCUAUCCUGAGAAAAGUGACUCAUAAAACAGCACUGUUGCGCUUGAUUCGAGAUGAUCAGCGUGAAAUGUUCAUCGAGAUACGCGCAGAGAAGGCAAACAUGCUUACAAAAUUAUCUUUGAAAGGUAUAUCGGUAUUCAAUAAAUUCAUGACCGAAGGGAAAGCAUCCAUUAAAUUUAAGGAACAAAAUUGCACAUUAUUCUUGUCAAAUGCGCCCUCCUCUCAGCUGAUAAACUUUUUGAAAACAAUAUUUGUUAAGCUAAUAGGCCAAGAAGGAAAAAUGAUCACAAAGAAUCUUCUACAGGAAAAAUUCUUUACAAACAUACAGUUGAAUGAUGUUGAAACUGCCAGUCCAGCUACUUGCACAGAAGUCAAUAUAGCAAAAGAAAAAGCUAUGAUUAUAUCACGUACAACUGUUACUAUUCCUUCAUCAAGUGUGGUGAGGAAGAGGAAACGAUUCAGUGAUGAUGUUCCUAAGAUACCUAUGGCAAAAAAAUUAUAUGAGAAUCCUACUUCAGGAGAGCUAACCAGGGAGCAAAUUCAAGUUCUAAAUGCAGUGCUUAAUGGAAAAAAUGUAUUUUUUACUGGGAGUGCAGGCACUGGCAAGUCAUUUCUGUUAAGAAAGAUAAUCUCUGCUCUUCCUCCAGAUGUAACAAUGGCUACAGCAAGCACUGGUGUAGCAGCUUGCCAUAUAGGUGGAAUUACAUUGCAUCAGUUUGCUGGUAUUGGUCUAGGUACUGGAACCAAGGAGAGAUGCAUCCAGUUGGCUUCCCGUCCGUCUGUAGUUUCAAUAUGGAGAAAAACAAAACACUUAGUAAUAGAUGAAAUUUCUAUGGUAGAUGGUGAUUUUUUUGAUAAGAUUGAAGCAGUAGCAAGACAUAUACGUAGAACAGAAAGACCCUUUGGAGGAAUACAAUUAAUUUUGUGCGGUGACUUCUUUCAGUUACCUCCUGUGUCUAAAACAAAUGAUAGAGCAAAAUUUUGCUUUCAAAGCGAGACUUGGCACAAAUGUGUUCACUUUAAUUUUGAAUUGCAGACAGUUCAUAGGCAAAAGGAUGAGGCGUUUGUAAAAAUAUUAAAUAAUAUUAGAAUAGGUAGAGUCACGGAUGAUAUUGUAGAUAUCCUAAAGGAAACAGCAAAACAAAAAAUUGAAAGUAAUGGAGUAUUGGCAACUAGAUUAUGUUCACACGUGAAAGAAGCUGAUGAGAUUAAUGAAUUUCAAUUAAAUGAACUUAAGAGUGAGAGUAAAGUAUAUAUAGCAAUAGAUUCCGAUAGUUCUAUGACGAAUAUGUUAGACCAACAGCUACCUAUACCUGGCAAACUAAUAUUAAAAAUUGGCGCACAAGUAAUGUUAUUAAAAAAUAUAAAUGUUAAUAGUGGUCUGGUAAAUGGAGCUCGAGGUGUAGUUAUUAAUUUUAAAAAUGAUACACCAAUAAUUAAAUUGCGAUCUGGAACUCAUUAUGAAGCAAAGAUGGAAAAAUGGACUAUCAAAACUAGUUCCGGUGCUGUUGUACAUCGAAAACAAAUUCCUUUAAAGCUUGCAUGGGCUUUUUCAAUUCACAAGAGCCAAGGUUUGACUUUAGACUGUGUGGAAAUGUGCUUGUCAAGAGUAUUUGAUGCUGGUCAAUCUUACGUAGCACUUUCUAGAGCUCAGAGUUUACAAAGUUUACGCGUUUUAGAUUUCAAUAGUAAACAGGUAUGGGCUAACACAGUUGUACUCGAAUUUUAUAAAAAAUUUAGGAGAAAUUUACAAGAGAUGGAGAUAUUUCUCUUGGGUAAGAAAAUAAAAUUGGAACAAGAUAAAAGAUAAUAUUUAUAUUCUUUAUAGUUUAUAUAUAUAUAUAUAAUUUGUUAGAAAAAAAUUUAUAUCCAAUUCUCUUGAUAUGAUAAGAAUUAGAUAACGAUUAUUAAUUUCACUAAAGAAAAUAAAACAUUUAUAUAUAG